AGAGCGCAGUCGGGGGGCGGCAGCCGCCAGCGGCUAUGGGCGGGGCCCUGUUCGACCGCUGGGCCCCGAGUGGGGCUCGUGGCGCGACCAAGGGGUGCAGCAGACGGCGGAGGAAGGGGGAGGGGUGGGAGUGGCUAGAACUUUGGAAAUGGCUGACAAGGGACCCAGAGGACAGCCCAGUUCAAGCCCUGGUGAGGAUUCAUCUUUAAGAGGCCGUCUUGGAGCCGGAGAUUGCAGAGACCGGGAGGAGAGGGACACUUUCGUCACCUGUCCCCUCCUUCUGGCCUCCAGACCCAGCUGGAUCUCCCCACCCCCCCACCGCCCCGCCCCCGCUUCCUGCUCAGGGCUCUGGUCAUUUUCCAAAGGCCACACACCCAUCCCAGAGAGACAGCCUUGUUUAUCCAUGACUUGUCUCCGGAGAGAAGGCCCUUGUGUCCAGAUAAUUUGACAUUCCCUCCCUAUCCCCAAGAUGGACUGAAGUGCUGGUUACCUCUUGGGUUUACCAGUUUGGUAACUAGGGCUGGGCGGCCAAGGAGCCAUGCCUACCUGGGGGGCUGGCUCCCCGUCCCCUGACCGUUUUGCGGUGUCUGCGGAGGCCGAGGACAAGGUGCGGGAACAGCAACCCCACGUGGAGCGCAUCUUCAGGGUGGGGAUGAGCGUCCUCCCGAAGGACUGUCCUGAGAACCCUCACAUCUGGCUGCAGCUGGAGGGCCCCAAGGAGAACGCCAGCAGAGCCAAGGAGUACCUGAAGGGUCUCUGCAGCCCAGAGCUACAGAAUGAAAUUCACUACCCACCCAAACUGCACUGCAUCUUUCUGGGAGCCCAGGGCUUCUUCCUUGAUUGCCUGACUUGGAGCACAUCAGCCCACCUGGUGCCGGGGGCGCCCGGCUCGCUGAUGGUCAGCGGCCUGACCGAGGCCUUUGUCAUGGUCCAGAGCCGAGUGGAGGAGCUGGUGGAGCGGCUGAGCUGGGACUUUCGGCUGGGGCCAUCCCCUGGAGCCUCUCAGUGUGCUGGAGUGCUGAGAGAAUUCUCUUCUCUGCUGCAGUCCCGGGGGGAUGCCCACACGGAGGCCCUGCUGCAGCUCCCCCUUGCUGUCCAGGAAGAACUGCUGAGCCUGGUGCAAGAGGCAUCCAGGGGGCAGGGGCCCCAAGCAUUCCCGUCCUGGGAGUCGGGGAGCCCAGGUCUGCUGGGUGCUCAGCACCAGGGAGUCAGGAGUCCCCUGAGUGAUGGCAGGGAGUCUCUGGACACAGGACCUGCAGGGUGGCAAGAGUCAAGGGGAGAGAGACGUGCUAUGGAGAAGGAGGGGACAAAGCACGGUGGUCCCAGGGAGAUGGAUUUGGGGUGGAAGGAGUGGCCCGGGGAGGAGGCCUGGGAGAGACAAGUGGCCUUCAGGCCACAGUCAGGAGGAGGAGAGGCAGGGCAGGCAGUGCCUCUGAAAGGGAAGGCCCUGGGGAAGGAGGAGCUGCCUCAGGAAAGAGGAAGGUUCUGGGUCCAGGGCGAGCCUUCUGGCACCCAGGGCCCCUGUCAGAAGGCAGCUCAGUCCCGGGGAGCCUCCCUCCUGCAGCGGCUCCAUAAUGGGGAAGCCUCACCUCCAAGAGUGCCCAGCCCCCCACCAGCACCUGAACCCCCAUGGCACUGCGGAGAUCGAGGGGACAGAGGAGACAGGGCAGACAAGCAGCAGGUCGUGGCUCGAGGUCGGGGGUCUCCGUGGAAACGAGGCACCCGGGGGGGUAAUUUGGUGACUGGCACGCAGCGUUUCCAGGAGGCCCUCCAGGACCCUUUCACCCUGUGCCUUGCCAAUGUGCCGGGCAAGCCAGACCUCCGCCAUAUUGUCAUCGAUGGCAGCAACGUGGCCAUGGUGCAUGGCCUCCAGCACUACUUCUCCAGCCGGGGCAUUGCCAUUGCCGUGCAGUACUUCUGGGACCGUGGCCACCGCGACAUAACUGUCUUUGUGCCUCAGUGGCGUUUCAGUAGGGACUCCAAGGUCAGAGAGGGUCACUUCCUGCACAAGCUGUAUUCCCUCAGCCUGCUCUCCCUCACUCCCUCCCGGGUCUUGGAUGGCAAGAGGAUCUCUUCCUAUGACGACAGGUUCAUGGUGAAGCUGGCUGAAGAGACUGAUGGGAUCAUUGUCUCCAAUGACCAGUUCCGGGACCUGGCAGAGGAGUCUGAGAAGUGGAUGGCAAUCAUUAGAGAGCGCCUGCUGCCCUUCACCUUCGUGGGAAACCUCUUCAUGGUGCCUGAUGACCCAUUGGGGCGAAAUGGCCCUACACUGGAUGAGUUCCUGAAGAAGCCGGUCAGGGCACAGGGGUCUUCUAAGGCUCAGCAUUCCGCCAGGGGCUUCACAGAACACAGUAAUCAGCAGCAGGGGAGAAAAGAAGAGGAAAAAGGCAGUGGUGGCAUUCGGAAGACGCGGGAGACAGAGCGGCUCCGGCGCCAACUGCUGGAGGUGUUUUGGGGCCAGGAUCACAAGGUGGACUUCAUCCUGCAGCGGGAGCCGUACUGCCGGGACAUCAACCAGCUCUCUGAGGCCCUGCUCAGUCUCAACUUUUGAGCCUCACCUGUCUGAGUGACUGCCACCCCAUCAGCUCCAGCCUCAUCCAGCUCAGCUCACUCUGUGAGGGUCCCCCUGCUGCUCAGACCCUGACCCCGUCUCACCCUGAGUUGGUGCUUUGUGUCAGGGAAGCACCAAGGAAGCGCCUUCGUGUGUGGGGAAUGCUCUUGCCUGGGGCACUUUGGGGACAGGUCUGUAAGGUGACCUGAUCUCGAGUCAGGACCUCAACCAGCUCUCAGGAGGUUCUGCUCAGCCUUAACUUCUUAACCUUGCUUUACGCAGGGUUUCUGUAGGGAAUGGGGGCUGCUGGGAAGGGUGGGUCACGGAGACGGGGACUGUCGGCCCCUCCUCCACUCUGAGCUGGGGAUGGAGGCUAGGGUGGGUGGGAGGGGAAUGUAGAACAGGUGGCCAGGAAGCUAAGCCUUUCCUCCUCCUGGCUGCUGCUCUGAUGGCCAGAGGACAGGACGAAUCCCAGGCCUGGCUGGGCUCCUGGGCGCAUCAAAGGGAAUGCUGGGCCCUGGAAAGGCUAGUGUUACGGGGUCUGGGUCACAGUGGGGCAGCAGGGGUCUGGUGGAGAAGGCAGAGGGAGACUUGGCUGCUGGUCUCACCUAUGCCUGCCUGUGACCUUGAUUGAUCUUGGUCUUCCGCCUACAAGUCAGGGGUAAAAAAGCCUGUUGGGAGGAGAGAUGAGAACGUGGAGGAAAGCUCCUUGGAGGAAGGGUACUUGGACCAAGCCUCAGGUGUGUCUGUCUGUGGUUGCACAGGCUUCCUAACCAAAACCUCAGUUUCAGAGAGCUGAGGGUCCUCUGUCCCCAGGACCCAUGCCCUAGAUUUUUUAACACUGCACCCUCAGUAUAAUGUGCCCUAUAAUGGCUGCGUCCCUUUUGGGCAACCCCCCCCCCCGCCCCGACAAAUCCACAUUUACAAAACGGUUAAUUAGGGGUAACUGUUUGCAUUACCAGAAAACUCUCAGGGUUCCUUCCUAUCAAUGGCAGCUCUCCUGUUGCAUUCAGGUGUUUGUUUACAGUUGAACGAAUGUGUCAGAAAGUCCGCAGUCCCCGGUUAAUGCACUUGCUCGAGCGUUGAGCAGUCACCAAACCAAUGAAGCCAUGUUCUGCGAGGAAAACGUUCAUGUGACCUGACCCUAGCAUCUUCUUUACAGAACAUAUAUGUUGCAUAAAGCGAGACCCACUUCU